UGAACGUGAGCAUCGUUAUCCUCUUGCAAUGUUUCAAGUACUGUACAUUGUUUUUUUAUACAAGUAUACAUUUUAUUUAAAAAAUAAAUAUCGACUGUUUGCAUAUGAUCUUCAAAGUUAGCUGUAGUCUAUAGUAGAAAUGGAUUUGAUCUACAUAUUGAUUUGCUUCCUUGUAUGGUUUAUUCUAGGAGAUGACAUAAACGUUUACAGUAUAACAAGGGAGAACAUCAUUCAGUCAAACAAAACGUUAGCAUCACAAGGGAGUCAAUUAUCUUUAAACCGAAACAAAUCUACACCCUACGUUUCGGUCGACACACAAAACAGUAUAGAAUCAUAUAACCGACCUUUUUGCGAAUCCAAACAACACCCUAUUGUUAAAGUAUGCACUGAUGACGAAGUGCUGAAUAAAAGAGCAAUGUAUAUUGACACUAUGAGCGUUCCGAAUUUUCAACAGACGUUGUGUGAAUGUUUUGUAACACCUGUAGAACAGCAUAAUACUUUCACUUUGAUUUUAAAAUUGGAAAAUCUAACUGGAAGACAGAAUAUGCAAUUUAAAAUAAAUAAUAUCACAGUUGGAAAAUUUUAUGAUAGUGAAAGUACGAACAUUAUAGGUGACACGAAACUUUUAUUUUCAACAUUUAAAGAUCACCAAAGAAAGGGAGUUUGCUUAGCUGUCUAUUCGGAACAUGGCAUUCAUUUCAACUUAUCUUGUAAGAGAUCAACAGCUCCGAAAGACAAAGACAUUGGAGUCAACGCUAUAAUAAUUUCUUCAGUGUCAGCAACUUGCGGACUUCUAUGUGGAAUUGUUAUUUCUGUUGUCUGUGUUAUUUUCUACAAAAGAAAAAAGAAAGGAAAAAGAAGAAAUGCCACUACAAUAAGCUCCACAAACGCACAUGUAGAGAGUGACUAUUAUAUGACUGAAAAUGCAAUGUACAAUAUGGGUCAGAUAUCAACGCGAGAAACAGUCAAUGAAAACGAACACAACACUUUUGAGCAUGAUGCGGAAGCAUAUGCUGGAACUUCGCCAAGCCAUUAUGAUUGUAUCCGAGAAUCAACUGACAGAAACCAAUCUUCUGAAAACGCACCAAGCCAUGCUGUGACAAACGAGUAUUCAACGUGUCUAAAAGCAGGCCAAGUCACAGCUGGUGGCUUAAACAAGAACACUUCAAAUAAUUAUCAAAAGUACCAACCAAAAGGUUCAAGAAUAAACGGGGAAGAUGACACAGUAUAUGACAGUACAAAGUCAUCCCUUCCUCAGCAGGCAGUCGGAAAUAAUGAUUAUCAUCAUUUGGGUUCUGUUGGUUUGAAUGGACUGAAUCGAACAUAUGAUAAAAUUGGUAAUACUGGUGUGGUUAAAAAUUAGACAAUUUUAGAUAACAAGUAUUAGAAUUUCCAAAAAUGCUUGGAAUUGCCGUUCAGAAAUGAAUAUGGAAAUGAUUAUACCUUAUUGUAUAUUGUAUGUGGUCAACACAUAAAGCCAACAAAAAUACUUGAUUCACUCUACCAUUCCUUUAUAGUCAAAAUAUUUUGACAUGCUUAUCUAGAAUUUGAGAUAUUUUUGUUCUAGUUAUUUCCUUCUGACGUCACAUUUGGGUACAUAUAGUAAGUAAAUAAAUAAUGGGAGAUAGAACGGUUAUCAAUAUCUCAUUUGCAACAAUUCGCGGCGUUGGCUUAAUGUAUCACUUGCUUACAAUAAAAUGCUUUCAGUCAUUUAAAUUAACGUGUUUAUCAUUUAUUCAAGUCGCAUCUUUCUGAAUAAUCAUAAAAACAGCUGUUGCUUAAUAGGAGCAAAAUUAGUGAUUAGAAUUGAAAUCAAUCAGUAUUUUAGAUUGCAUUAUUAAACACACUUUUGAUUUAAAUUUAAGUAAUGAGAUAAAGACCUAUGUAGAAUAAUGUGUUAAAUUCUGAAAUAAAUAUUAUCCAGAACAAACUGAGCAAAAUAAUUUAUUCAAGAAAUAUUAACAGAGCAUCAGCCACAUGCUACCAACUACACAAAUGUACGUAUUUCCAAAAGGCAAGACAAAAUCGCUGGCUUUCUUUUGUGUGUCUCUUAAACCAGAUGCACAUUAUCAGGGAAAACAUUUAAGAAACCAAAAAGAUCUUGGGCAGAAAAUUUUAAUAUAAAAAUACAUUCAAUGAUAUGUAUGUUAUGUAUAUCAAGUUAUGUAUUAUCAUUAUAAAUCAGAACAGAAAAAUGAAUAUUUCUAGCUGCAUUUUUGAAGAAAACAGUGAGUGGGGUUGGAGGUAUUCUCAAGACCAACUCGUCGUCGUUAGUGUCAGCAGUCGGUUAAGUUUUCGUAUUUUGUCAUAAAGGUCAAUACUAAUAAAUGCUGAAAGAUUACAACUUCACAUGUGGAUACAACUUGUUGAGUUUUACCUUUCACACUGAAAUACAUUUACAUGUAUACCUGUACAUAUUUCUUAUUUAGUGAAGUUUCUCUUUAAUUCUAAUAAAUUGUUAUUGUUUUUGAGAUAUUCUUGAAUUCUAACCAAUUGUUAUUGCUUUUGAAAUAUUCUUGAAUUCUAAUAAAUUGUUAUUGCUUUUGAAAUAUGGUUAUUGUCAAUGAUGUUCUGUUAUAAAAUGUCAUGUAUAAUUAUAAGUGAAUACAAUGAAGUUAUAUGGUUAUGAAAUUGGAUUUUUAAUGUAAUACAAACAGAAAAUAUAUGUGAACACUUAAACGAAUAUAGAAAUUUAAUUUUGUGACAAAGUAUUUAUUUAUACUCGUACGUUCGAUUUCUAUACGUUGGAAAAUAUAGUAAUACCAAAAACUGA